GAAAAUAUAUGCACGAUUUCUCUACGAAUAUAUGAACGAUACGUACAUAUGUAUGUAUCGUUCAAAUAAAAAAACAAAUAUAUAAUUUUAAUUCUUAUCACGAUUCUAAUAUGCAUUGCAAGUGAAGUCAGAAGGAAAUACAUUAACAAAAAGUUUCUCCUUCAACAUGAAAACUUUAACGCGUCCUAUAUGACUACCUGAUAGCUUCGAUCACUGUUAAUUGCACUUUAACGUACUUUAUCAGAGAGUCACGUAUUCACCAUCGACAUCGUGAUUUUGUAUGAGAGAAGGAUUCCUGCGUUUUCUCUUUUAUGGUCAUAGCACGUAGACAUCGCAUUACGCGACGGCCAUACUUGUAAUAACAUUGCAUAAAGUGCAGUAUAAAGUGCUGGUUAGUGUGUGGUACGAAUCGUUAGAUUGGCUCCUUUUAUACGUUUAGAUAUCAUAUUACAAUGGAACAGACUACGUUGAAAAGUUCUUUACUUUAUCGUGAAAUUAGUAUUAAAUUAACAGAGACAUUUUUACAAAUUAGUUUUCGAUGUUAAUGCAAAAGCAAUCUAAAAAUUCAAUAACAGAAUCUUCGAUUUCUGUUAUUCCUAUCUUGUUUCUUUUUUUCUUUUUCGUAUUUUUCUUUUUUUUUUUUUUUUCUUUUUUUUAAUUUUUUUUCUUUUACUCCGAUAGCACAUAUACAGGAUGUCGGUCUAUAAAUGUCCGAGCAAAUAUUUCGCGGUUAAUUGAAGUUACAAGAAAGUUUUUAAUUAAUUUGCACGAUUCUGAGUCAAUUAUAUGUAACAAUUUUUUUUUCCCGUAACUUUUUUCAGAUCGAUGUAAUUCUUUUAAUUUGAUACUUAUAAUUUCUUUUUUUAACAUAUUUAUAUAGUGGCAGUCAUUUUCAAUUAAAAUCUAAUUAAAAAUUGCUAUUAUACAUCGUUUACAAGAUAAUCAGCAUUUUAACGACUGACUAAUUGAUUUAUACUAUACUGCAAUGUUAUACUCCAUGUUAUAUAAAUACAUUAUUUACAAAUCAAACAGACGUAUAUUUUGAUAAGUUGAAGGUCAAUGAUCCUUUCGACGUAACUGAGCUUAAAAUAUUAUGUAGUUUAUUAUUUAUUAGUUUUCAAAUUAUAGAAAACCAACUAUUUUAACACUGUAUAUGUUGAUGCAUAAACAGGCGCUAUAUAAAUAUAUUUCCAUUCUCUAUAUUAUUUGGAUAGUAUACAUUUUUAUAAAUAUUUAUUUUCUCUCUCUCUCUUUCUCAUUCUUACGAAGAUACUGUAAAAAAUAUUUUUGUUGGACAAAAGAGAACUUGCAAAUUUUACGAUCCAGAUAUGCAUUAACGAGUUAAAUAAAAUUAGAAACGAGGACGAUCAUAACGUACGGGACAACGAAGCAUAUGCACGUAAAUGGAUCACAGUAAUACGAAGGGGUGUAGAGGAAAUUAUUAUAGGUCAAAAACGGCUGAUUAUUGGAAGUCCCAGGGACGGAAAUUCUGCGACUUUUGUAAAUGUUGGAUCGCUGACAAUAAACCGAGUAUCGACUUCCACGAGGGCGGAAAGAAGCACAAAGAAAAUGUCAGUAAAAGACUCAAGGAAAUACACAAGAACAGCGCGAAGCAGGCGAAACAAAACAAAAAAUUCGAGGAUGAUCUAAAGAAGAUGGAAAACGCUGCCAUGGCUGCUUAUCUCAAAGAUGUUGAAAACAAUACGAGAGAUAUGACGGCUGACAGGAUAAUAAAAGAAAAACUAAAUCGAUCGGAAAGCCUAAAAACGCCACAAAAUGCGAAUUCGAUACCAGAAGCUGCACUGGAAACAGUACCGAGAUUCAAACAAAAUAAUUAUCGACACUUCCCCCAAGAAAUUGAUCCUUGCGAUCCAACGGCUUUGACGAGGUUGUCGCAUACGAAGAACCAGCAAAGUACCAGCGUCGAGAAUAAAACUCAAGGGAAGAAUAAAGCAAGUAAAGGAAAGGGAAAAAAAAAAAAGGCCCAAGAGGACGAUGGACGAAGAAAAGCCGUCAGGAAACUUUGGUAUGAGGCUCUCAGUCCCGAAGGAUACACUUACUACUGGCACAUAGAAACUAAUGAAUCAGUCUGGGAACCUCCAGAAGAGGGUUAUAUGACAUUUGCCGAGCAAGAAGAGGAAGUGAAGGAACAAGCUCUUCAGGAAGAACUUUUAGAGCAGUUAAAAAAGGAAGAGGAGAUUGAAAAAGCCGAUCUUAUUGAAGAACAAAGGGCUAAUGCCGAACGAGAAAGAAUGAAAGAAUUGCGAAAGCAACAACAAAGAAAACAAGAAGUACAAAUUAAAGAGGAAGACACUAAAGAGAUUAUUGUAAAACAAGAGUCGAAAGAAGAAGAAGAGAAACCUUACAGAAGGGAUUACAGUAUUCCUGAGUUUCAACAGCCUUAUGGAUCCUGGGAGACUGUAAAAGUCAUAGAAAGGAAACCUGUAGAUCUUCAAUUGCCGCAGCAAAAGCAGAUACAGUUGCCUAUUUUCGAAAAAUCCGAACCACCUCCGCCUCAAAGAAUCUUCAAAGAGAAAACUAUUACAACUAUAUCGACAGGAGAUAGCGAUGAUGAGGGUUCGUCGUUAAGGAUCUUUAAAAAACGGAAGAUAGGAAACAAAAAUGUACGAAAGAGAUUGGAAGACGAUUGAUCUUGCUACAUAAAUAUUUUGCGUAUAUUUCGAUUGAAAGAUAGAUAAUGAGAAUGCUCUUUGUACGUACUUUUUAAUAAAAAUUUAAAAGGAACUGUAAUAAUGUCAAAUUUUAGUAAAAAUAGAAAA